AUGGGCAAGUUUUUUUCUUUUCUCUUGCUUUCCCCAGCCUCACGCCUCGGUCGUGCCGGUCCAGCAGCUCCGGCGCUAGACGCUGCUCAACGAAGCGGCGCGGCGGCGUCACGCUUUGCAUGUCCCACCGGCUUCGGACGCCUCGCCUCGCCGCGUCGCCGACCCCGACUCCGUCGCGACGUCGGACGACCGACCGACCGACCGACCGACCGAACCGAUGGCCCAGCCUCACGGUCUUCCGGCAUGUUUGCCCACCUCUUCGACUUGCCUGGCUCAGGCAGGUCUGUUUGUGGUACAGCAGCACUUUCCACUCGGUCUUUUGCCCAGCCACGAUGCCAUCGCCGCAGAGCCCGGCUUUGCCGUCCGAGUCGAGGCCACACCGUCGAC